GUGUUAUUAGCUGCCGAGACUCUCCUCAACCGUCCAAGUCAUCAGUUCAAUGUGAUCGCGCGCACAGACAAUUUGUGCGAAGAGCGAGUGAGAGAACAAUGACUUUCCUGGGAAACUGGCAGAAGACAACAAAGUCCCUGGAAGAGCGCUUUGGGCACUUGUUGGGCAAAGAACUGAUGGCCGACAUGACCUUCCUGGUGGGCUCCAAUGAGACUCGCAUUCCAGGCCAUAGGCUCAUCCUUGCGGCUAACAGUCACGACUUCUACAAUGUCCUCUAUCGGCUGCGGCCAGAUCGGAUGGAGCUGCGAAUUGAGGACGUAUCCGUAGGGGUGUUUUUAAAAUUCCUCGAGUACUGCUACACAGGUCACGUACACCUGGAAAUGGACAAGGUCUUUGAUGUGCUAAAACUGGCGAUGCGCUACGAAAUGAGACACUUAGAGGGUACCUGUGUGAAUUUUGUGGUGCGACAUAUGAAGACAACCAAUUGUUUGAGGUUCCUAAAAAAAAGCUGGGAUUUAAACUGUUUGAGACUCAUUCACAAGUGUCAGGAGCACUUGGCAGAGAACAUUGGGGAAGUUUUGAGCAACAAACGUGUCCCUAUAGACUUUCCAGAGCUUCCACAUGGAGCAGUGAAGUGGAUUGUGGAAUUGGAAACACUGCAAUGUGAUGAAAAGUCCCUCUUUGAUGCCGUAAUGAUGUGGUCCCGUCGUGAAUGCAGUCGCUGCGACCUUCCUAUGACACCACAGAACAUGCGAACAGUCCUGGGUGACAUAAUCUACCAAAUCCGCUUCCCCACAAUGACUACGCAGGAAUUUGCUGAAUGCAACAAAAUGUACCCGGAAUUGCUGUCGGCAGAUGAAAUGACCAAGAUAAUGGUUUUUAGCACAGUUCCAGCAGCCAAAGUGCGUUUCAAUGUUAAUCCACGGCUCGAGGCAACCUUUACAUCUCUCUACACAGACAAUGGCGUCCAGGAAGUGGCUACAAUUCGACGUAUCACCAAAGCUCAUCGGGUAUUUGAUGAUCACAAUCGUCAUGGGAUUCGUCUGACAAGUUCACGGAGAAUCGAUGUAUAUGGCUUUGGUAUUGUUGUAAAGGAGGGAAAGUCAAUCUAUGGCAAGUGUUCUAUGUGGGAUCCAGAGUAUGGCUUCCAUUUUCCCGAUGUCAAGCCAGAUGUACGCAGAAAAUUGUGGGAAAACUAUGAAAUAGUCUAUGUUAUCUUCAAACAUUCACUCACCUUGGAACCAUCGACAUCCUACGAAUUGUCCUUCUUCAAUUGUGCCAAUGUUUGCUGCGUGGAUGAAAUUGUGCGGGAAUCCGUGAGGAAGGAAGAGAUCACAUUUCAUUUUGAGAAAUUCCAAGAUUUUGCCGCAAUUCCCGCCAUUCUCUACCGAAUUCUCCGUUAGGUAUUCAUCUUAGAUGACAAUCUUGUUUAGUCACUGUGGGGGAGAAUAAUAAAUGUGUGAUAAUGCUUUUAAGAUUACAAGCGAUAAAAACCGUCACAGACGUCAGUAAGCAAACUUUAAGCUGUAUUUGAUAUAUUUCUACAAGGAUUAAAUAAAUAAGUUAUUGUAUGACAUA